AUGUGUGUGUCCGCUGCUUCUUCCCAAAUAGGUGUGUGUCAGUGUAGUGCUUCUUGCCAAAUAGGUGUGUGUAAGUGUAGUCCUUCUUCCCAAAUAAGUGUGUGUCCGUGUAGUCCUUCUUCCCAAAUAGGUGUGUGUCAGUGUUGUGCUUCUUCCCAAAUAGGUGUGUGUCAGUGUUGUGCUUCUUCCCAAAUAGAUGUGUGUCUGUGUAGUGCUUCUUCAUAUAUAGGUGUGUGUCUGUGUAGCGCUUCUUCCCAAAUAAGUGUGUAUCAGUGUAGUGCUCCUUCCCAAAUAAGUGUGUGUCAGUGUAGUGCUUCUUCCCAAAUAAGUGUGUGUAAGUGUAGUGCGUCUUUCCAAAUAAGUGUGUGUCAGUAUAGUGCUUCUUCCCAAAUAAGUGUGUGUCAGUGUAGUGCUUCUUCCCAAAUACGUGUGUGUCAGUGUAGUGGUUCUUACCAAAUAUGUGUGUGUCAGUGUAGUGCUUCUUCACAAAUAAGUGUGUGUCAGUGUAUUGCUUCAUCCCAAAUAAGUGUGUGUCAGUGUAUUGCUUCAUCCCAAAUAAGUGUGUGUCAGUGUAGUGCUUCUUCCCAAAUAAGUGUGAGUCAGUGUAGAGCUUCUUCCCAAAUAAGUGUGUGUAAGUGUCGAUCUUCUUCGCAAAUAAGUGUGAGUCAGUGUAAUGCUUCUUCCCAAAUAAGUGUGAGUCAGUGUAGUGCUUCUUCCCAAAUACGUGUGUGUCUGUGUAGUGCUUCUUCCCAAAUAAGUGUGUGUCUGUGUAGUGCUUCUUCCCAAAUAAGUGUGUGUCUGUGUAGUGCUUCUUCCCAAAUAAGUGUGUGUCUGUGUAGUGCUUCUUCCAAAAUAAGUGUGUGUCAGUGUAGUGCUUCUUCCCAAAUAGAUGUGUGUCAGUGUAGUGCUUCUUCCAAAACAAGUGUGUGUCAUUGUAGUGCUUCUUCCCAAAUAAGUAAAUAAGUGUGUGUCAGUGUAGUGCUUCUUCCCAAAUAAGUGUGUGUCAGUGUAGUGCUUCUUCCCAAAUAAGUGUGUGUCAGUGUAGUGCUUCUUCCCAAAUAAAUGUGUGUCAGUGUAGUGCUUCUUCCCAAAUAAGUAUGUGUCAGUGUAGUGCUUCUUCCCAAAUAAGUAUGUGUCAGUGUAGUGCUUCUUCCCAAAUAAGUAUGUGUCAGUGUAGUGCUUCUUCCCAAAUAAGUGUGUGUCAGUGUAGUGCUUCUUCAAAAAUAAGUGUGUGUCAGUUUAGUGCUUCUUCCCAAAUAAGUGUGUGUCAGUUUAGUGCUUCUUCCCAAAUAAGUGUGAGUCAGUGUAGAGCUUCUUCCCAAAUAAGUGUGUGUAAGUGUCGAGCUUCUUCGCAAAUAAGUGUGAGUCAGUGUAGUGCUUCUUCCCAAAUAAGUGUGUGUCAGUCUAGCGCUUCUUCCCAAAUAAGUGUGUGUCUGUGUGGUGCUUUUUCCCAAAUAGGUGUGUGUCUGUGUAGUGCUUCUUCCCAAAUAAGUGUGUCUGUGUAGUGCUUCUUCCCAAAUAAGUGUGUGUUAUUGUAGUGCUUCUUCCCUAAAUAGGUGUGUCAGUGUAGUGCUUCUUCCCAAAUAGGUAUGUGUCAGUGUAGUGCUUUUUCCCAAAUAAUUGUGUGUCAGUGUAGUGCUUCUUCCCAAAUAAGUGUGUGUCAGUGUAGUGCUUCUUCCCAAAUAAGUGGGUGUCAGUGUAGUGCUUCUUCCCAAUUAAGUGUGUGUCAGUGUAUUGCUUCUUCCCAAAUAAGUGUGUGUCAGUGUCGUGCUUCUUCCGAAAUAAGUGUGUGUCAGUGUAGUGCUUCUUCCCAAAUAGGUGUGUCAGUGUAGUGCUUCUUCCCAAAUAAGUGUGUGUCAGUGUAGUGCUUCUUUCCAAAUAGGUGUGUCAGUGUAGUGCUUCUUCCCAAAUAAGUGUGUGUCAGUGUAGUGCUUCUUUCCAAAUAGGUGUGUGUCAGUGUAGUGCUUCUUCCCAAAUAAGUGUGUGUCAGUGUAGUGCUUCUUUCCAAAUAAGUGUGUGUCAGUGUAGUGCUUCUUCCCAAAUAGGUGUUUGUCAGUGUAGUCCUUCUUCCCAAAUAUGUGUGUGUCCGCGUAGUGCUUCUUCCCAAAUAGGUGUGUCAGUGUAGUGCUUCUUCCAAAAUAGGUGUGUGUCAGUGUAGUGCUUCUUCCCAAAUAGGUGUGUGUCAGUGUAGUGCUUCUUCCCAAAUAAGUGUGUGUCAGUGUAGUGCUUCUUCCCAAAUAAGUGUGUCAGUGUAGUGCUUCUUCCCAAAUAAGUGUGUGUCAGUGUAGUGCUUCUUUCCAAAUAGGUGUGUGUCAGUGUAGUGCUUCUUCCCAAAUAAGUGUGUGUCAGUGUAGUGCUUCUUUCCAAAUAAGUGUGUGUCAGUGUAGUGCUUCUUCCCAAAUAGGUGUUUGUCAGUGUAGUCCUUCUUCCCAAAUAUGUGUGUGUCCGCGUAGUGCUUCUUCCCAAAUAGGUGUGUCAGUGUAGUGCUUCUUCCAAAAUAGGUGUGUGUCAGUGUAGUGCUUCUUCCCAAAUAGGUAUGUGUCAGUGUAGUGCUUCUUCCCAAAUAAGUGUGUGUCAGUGUAGUGCUUCUUCCCAAAUAAGUGUGUGUCAGUGUAGUGCUACUUCCCAAAUAGGUGUUUGUCAGUGUAGUCCUUAUUCCCAAAUAAGUGUGUGUCCGUGUAGUGCUUCUUCCCAAAUAGGUGUGUGUCAGUGCAGUGCUUCUUCCCAAAUAGGUGUGUGUCAGUGCAGUGCUUCUUCCCAAAUAGUUGUGUGUCAGUGCAGUGCUUCUUCCCAAAUAGGUGUGUGUCAGUGUAGUGCUUCUUCCCAAAUAGGUGUGUGUCAGUGUAGUGCUUCUUCCAAAAUAGGUGUGUGUCAGUGUAGUGCUUCUUCCCAAAUAGGUGUGUGUCAGUGUAGUGCUUCUUCCCAAAUAAGUGUGUGUCAGUGUAGUGCUUCUUCCCAAAUAAGUGUGUGUCAGUGUAGUGCUACUUCCCAAAUAGGUGUUUGUCAGUGUAGUCCUUAUUCCCAAAUAAGUGUGUGUCCGUGUAGUGCUUCUUCCCAAAUAGGUGUGUGUCAGUG